AUGGCAAUAGAUAUGAUUGCAACAACUACUGCUAAUAUCCAUGAUCUUGAUGCUGAAAUCAAUGUAAUUAGAGAACGUAUUAAACAAGGUAUAGCUAUGACGGAAGGUGAACUUGACGUUUACCAGCCAAAUGUUGUUCGUCGAGAAACACUGCACGACCAACUUACGACAAUGCGUGUUGUACCAAUGAAAGAAGAAAAUAAUUUCUCUAUUCAAUCAAAUGGACGUUCAUUAAAGCUUGAAUUAAUUGGUGGUUCAAUUAAAGAAAUUAAAAAUGAAACGCCAAUUGAUCUAUAUGAUUUACGACAUAUAAUAUAUCAUGAUCUUAAAUUUGUUAAAAUAUAUUUUAUCAAACAACGGCAUUUACAAAAAUAG